UAAUACAGAUGUGAACAAUUUUCCAUUUCCUCACAUGCACAGAAUUUAUACUAAAAUUGAUGUUAAAUUGAAUACUCCUAUAUUUAAGUUUAUUGGAUAACAAAGUGAAAUAUGUUUGAAUACAUGUAUCUGAGUCAGGUUUUAUUUGGAAUCCUUUGCAUCACAAGAGGAGAGCCCUUUAAAAUAACGACAAAAUUUUGGAAUGGGGAUCUGUAUAUUACAUGGCCCAAUACUUCUGUACACUCUUAUGAUCUACAAAUCAGCAAGGACACAAAUCUAGCAUAUUCCUGGAUUAAAACUUCUGAUAACAAUUACACAUUAGAGGAUGUCACAAAGUAUAAAUCGGUGAAGAUCCAGGUUCGACGUUACAGAUCUUCCAAUCGUAAUAAUUUUGAAGAUCAUGAAAAUACUUAUCGUGUCAAUGCAGUCGAAUCUAAAGUGGGAGAUUCACAAAAUAUAUCAUGGACAGCUGCAUUCUUCCCUCAUAGUGGAGUUUACACUAUUGUCCAUGAACACAACGGCUCGAAAUCAAAUAUUAUAAGGGUGAAUAAGAAUGGUCCAGCUCCAUCCAGUCAAAAGUAUGUAUACCACAGCAGACCCUUGGAUUCUACGAACAUUUUAUUUAAGGUGAGGAAUAUAACAGUAGGAGAUGCAGGGUUCUACACGGCUGAUGAGUGGUCUGGUGAUGGUGUAGGUGUAGUUCUCGUUGUUUUAGAGAAGCCAACAAAACCUGUUAUAAGAAGACCCUCAAAUCAAACAGUAGGGAAAACAGCCUCACUGGAAUGUGACAGUAGAUCGACCUCUGUGCCUCAGUAUUACAAGAAGUUACCGCCAUUAUCCUAUAUGUGGUACGUUAACGACACGAAACUUAAAGAACAAACACAGAAGACGUACAGGCUUUUGGUCACUAGAGCCGAGAAGUACAACCACUACAGCUGUCAGGCGAGAGAAAAACUAGAGUCAGCAAGAAGUGACAAAGUGCUGAUAAAUCCUUUGUAUGGUCCAGAAACUAUUGCUUUAUCUCCAGAACCACUGACAGCCACACUAAGUAUUCAUGAUGGAAAAGAAUUUGGUCCUUUCAAUUGCUCAGCGGACUGCAACCCAGCAUGUAGUAUCCAAUGGAAGUAUUUAACACCUUUAGAGGGUUACGUAAAGAAUGCUUCCUCAAUCAGUAAUGAAGUAGUUAUGUUACCAGAACAAACAGCAAACAGAACUAUAAUGACAGGGAUUCAAUGUGAAGCUAGGGGCGUUGAGGGAAUUAAGAAGUACAACAUCACCUUAGAUAUCCGAUAUUUAUCAGUCCCAAAGAUAUAUAUUAAUGGUAAAAUGCAAGAAGCAGUAGAUUUGAAAGAAAGGGAUCCUCUGGGACUGUCUUGUUUUGCGGCUGGAAAUCCUACCCCAAUUGUCACAUUAAGAAAAGUUAGUAGAAACAAAAUUUUAAAGACAGUUCCUCAAAGCUGGUUGAACUACACUGACGUAGGAAGAGCUCAAUAUUCUGACACGGGAAAUUACACCUGCGAAGGUCAAUCUGCAGAAUUCGGACGAAAGGACCGGUUAUUUACUGUCAACGUUAAAUGUGAUCUUCAGCUUGACACUUCCUUGUCUUUCAAAUCCUAUUAUGGUUCAGCGAGUGGUCCUGGGGAGAGGGUUACCGUGUCUGUGCCUGUGUUAGCUAAUCCACCAGUCUCUCAUACAGACAUUGUUUGGUCUGGACCCAAUUCUCCAUCAAUUAAUACUAAGGUUUCUAACAGAGAGAACUUUGCCUACAAACAAUGGAUUAUCAGCUCUAUCCCUGUUCCUGACAGCAGUUCCUUUGGAAACUACUCCCUGAUGCACAAUGGAAAAGCUAUAGUCAAUAUUGAAAUCAGUCUGGAAGAUAUACCUCAUCCACCUUUGAACUUUACCUGGAGUUCUUAUGCCGGCGGAUACAUCAAUCUUACGUGGGUAUCUAACUUUAAUGGAGGACCAGAACAAUUCUUUAUAUUAUCACAAAAACAAGGCUCCAGCUGGACACAAGUUGCGAAUCUAACGGACCCUGGUGAGGGUAGCGUGGUAUAUUAUUAUCUAAGACCUUUGACCCCAGGACAGCAGUACUGGUACCAACUCGUGAGUUGUAAUAGAAUCAACUGUUCUUCAAACCCAAAAAUGUUGAAGAUCAUAAAGCCAGAAAACACUGAAGAGAAGAAAGUCAAGGAUUACAAAAAUCAUAUAUUUAAUACAGUCGAAUCCGAAGUGGGAGAUUCACGAAAUAUAUCAUGGACAGCUGCAUUCUUCCCUCAUAGUGGAAUUUACACUAUUGUCCAUGAACACAACGGUUCGAAAUCAAUUAUUAUAAAGGUGAAUAAGAAUGGUCCAGCUCCAUCCAGUCAAAAGUAUGUAUACCACAGUAGACCCUUAGAUUCAACGAACAUUUUAUUUGAGGUGAAGAAUAUAACAGUAGAAGAUGCAGGGUACUACACGGCUGAUAAGUUGUCUGGUGAAGGUGUAGGUGUAGUUCUCGUUGUUUUAGAAAAACCAGCAAAACCUAUUAUAAGAAGACCUUCAAAUCAAACAGUAGGGAAAACGGCCUCACUGGAAUGUGACAGUACAUCGACCUCUGUGCCUCAGUAUUACAAGAAGUUACCGCCAUUAUCCUAUACGUGGUACGUUAACGACAACAAAUUAGAGAAACAAACACAGAAGACGUUUGAGCUUUUGGUCACUAAAGCCGAGAAAUACAACCAAUACAGUUGUCAGGCGAAAGAAAAACUAGAGUCAGAAAGAAGUGACAAAGUGCAGAUAAAUCCUUUGUAUGGUCCAGAAAAUAUUGCUUUAUCUCCAGAACCACUUACAGCCACAGUUAGUAUUCGUGAUGGAGAGGAAUUUGGUCCUUUCAAUUGCUCAGCGGACUGUUACCCAGCAUGUAGUAUCCAAUGGAAGUAUUUAACACCUUUAGGGGGUUACGUAAAGAAUGCUUCAUCAAUCGGUAAAGAAGCAGUUACUUUACCAAGACAAAGAGCAAACAGAACUAUAAUGACAGGGAUUCAAUGUGAAGCCAGGGGCUUUGAGGGAAUUAAGAAGUACAACAUCACCUUAGAUAUCCGAUAUUUAUCAAUUCCAAUAAUAUAUAUUAAUGGUAAAAUGCAAGGAGCAGUAGAUUUGAAAGCAGGGUACCCUCUGCGACUGUCGUGUUUUGUGGCUGGAAAUCCACUCCCAAAUGUCACAUUAAAAAAAGUUGGUAGUACCAAUAUUUUAAAGACAGUUCCUCAAAGCUGGUUGAACUACCCUGAUGUAGAGAGAGCUAAAUGUUCUGACACGGGAAAUUACACCUGCGAAGGUCAUUCUGCAGAAUUCGGACGCGAGGACCGGUUAUUUACUGUCAACGUUAAAUGUGAUCUUCAGCUUGACACGUCCUUGUCCUUCAAAUCCACUUAUGGUUCAGCGAGUGGUCCUGGGGAGAGGGUUACCGUGGAGGUACCUGUACUAGCUAAUCCACCAGUCUCUCAAACAAGCAUUGUUUGGUCCGGACCCAAUUCUACAUCAAUUUAUACCGAGGUUUCUAACAGAGAGAACUUUACCUACAAACACUGGAUUAUCAGCUCUAUCCCUGUUCCCGACCGCAAUUCCUUUGGAAACUAUUCAUUAAUGUACCAAGGAAAAAUUAUCGUCAUCAUUGAAAUCAGUAUGGAAGACAUUCCUCAUCCACCUUUGAACUUUACCUGGAGUUCUUAUGCUGCCGGAUACAUAAAUUUUACUUGGGUAUCAAACUUUAAUGGAGGAACAGAACAGUUCUUUAUUUUAUCACAAAAACAAGACUCAGAAUGGAUACAAGUUGCGAAUCUUACAGACCCUGGUGAGGGUAACAUGGUAUAUCAUGACCUAGGACCUUUGACCCCAGGACAGCAGUACUGGUACCAACUUGAGAGUUGUAAUAGAAUCAACUGCUCGUCAGAUCCUAAAGUGUUAAAGAUAAUAAAACCAGCCAUCCCAACGUCAACCUCCAGUGAUACCUCUAGGCUUCUAGCGAUUGGCUCCUCUGUUGCAAUUUUUACUGUGAUUCUGGCUGUAGUUUUUUCGAUGCAUUUUGUGAAGAAGAAGUCAGCCUCAAAGAAUCGAAAAGGCGAUCAAAAAAAAGAUGAAAUUACAAGCAAGAAUGCUGAUUUAAAGUAA